CCUGUUUUUAGCUCCCUAGGCUCUAUUUCUUUCUUUUCUUGUUUUGACGGAAUAUCCUUCACAGAAAAACUUCUUGUGUUGCUGAGAGAUGGGCGAAAGCUUUUGGGAACACUUCGUUCUUUUGACCAAUUUGCUAAUGCUGUCCUAGAAGGGGCAUGCGAUCGUGUUAUUGUUGGUGAUCUAUACUGUGAUAUUCCAUUAGGUCUUUAUAUUAUCCGUGGGGAAAAUGUCGUGUUAAUCGGGGAGCUGGACGUAGAUAAGGAGGAACUUCCACCCCACAUGACUCGCGUUCCUGAAGCAGAGAUAAGAAGGGCCCAAAAAGCAGAAAGGGAGGCGACAGAUCUUAAAGGUUCAAUGAGAAAGAGGAUGGAAUUCCUUGAUAUGGAGUGAAGUUUCUUGCUGAUACCGGUUUCUGCUUGGGAUUAUGCCAUGCCUUCCGCAAAUAUUAUCGCGGUAGCUGGGUGAUGGCAAAAAAGUAACUAGAAAUGGAUUUGUCUUUUCUCACUGGUGUACCCUAUUUGGCAGUUCAUUGUAACAUCUACAGUAAAUGAUUGCAGGUCGGAUGGGUAAACAGGAAUUGAUGCUAUUAUCUAUUUAUUUGUUCUCCUUUAGAUGUUUUGACUAUGGUUGGUGCACUCAUCUUAUGUUAGUACGAGUCCCUGUGUUGGAUGAUAUGAAGAAUGCUAGACUAUGAAGAUGGUAAACGUACGUUAUCCACAGUUCUUCCAUUGUCUUCUUAUUUUAGUCUGGAAGAACGUAAACUUCUAUGGUAGAUUGUAUAGACAUUCGUCGUUUUAUCCUGUUGAAAUAACAGCUAAUUUUUUUUAUA